GAAUAUUAUAUGCUGCCUAAUACCUUUUCUGGCAGUGCUAUAUAACUGAACAAUGAUACUUUAUUAUAUGUAUAUGAUGUUUAUACUUGUAAAAACAUGCCUACUGCCAUCUAAUUGUCUUGAAAGCUGAAAUUAAGUAUGCCAAGUCAUCUAAUAGCCCAAAACUGUUCUGGAGCUCCAAUUAAUAAUUCAAAUGCUACAAUAACUACUUCAAAUUCUAACUCUAACAAUCAACAACAAAACAAUGCUCCAAACAAUAUAAGUUCUUUUAGUAUUUUCCAACACAGUAGUAGAAAUUAUGAUGAUAUGACAGUAAUUGGAAAUGGAGCUUAUGGUACUGUAUACAAAGCACGAGAUCUUGCAAGCAAUGGUCAAUAUGUAGCUUUGAAAAAAGUGACCAUUCCUCUUGGUGAAGAUGGUGUCCCAGUUAGUACCAUCCGGGAAAUAGCUCUACUGAAACAGCUGACUGCUCUUGAGCAUCCAAAUGUUGUGAGAUUACUUGAUAUAUGUCAUGGACGCAAGUUAGAAAAUGAAAGACAGAUGCUUGUAUAUCUUGUAUUUGAACAUGUUGAUCAGGAUUUAGCAACUUAUUUGGAAAGAUGUCCUGCACCAGGUUUAAGUCCAGAAAAGAUCAAAGAUUUGUUUUUUCAGCUACUUAAUGGUUUAGAUUUCUUGCAUUUUAAUCGAGUUUUGCAUCGAGAUCUUAAGCCACAGAAUAUUUUAGUGUCAAAUCAAGGAGUUGUCAAGCUGGCAGACUUUGGAUUAGCAAGAAUAUACAGUGGUCAAAUAGCUUUAACAUCUGUAGUUGUAACUUUAUGGUACAGGCCCCCAGAAGUUUUGCUAUAUCAAUCAUAUGCUUCUGCAGUUGAUGUUUGGAGUAGUGGAUGCAUUUUAGCUGAAUUGUACAAAAGAGAACCUUUAUUUCCUGGAGAAAAUGAGGUAGAUCAGCUAGCUAAGAUAUUUGAAGUCAUUGGAAGUCCCAAGCAAUCUGAAUGGCCAAAAGAUGUAUCUUUAUCAUGGACAUCUUUCAGAUUUUACAAAGGCAUACCUCUACAGAGUGUUAUACCAGAAAUCUGUUCUGAUGGUUUAGAUUUAUUAAAACGCAUGUUAUGCUUCAACCCAACUGAGAGGAUAUCUUGUGAAGCUGCUUUAAAACAUCCUUUCUUCAAAGAUGUAUCAAUCACAACACCUGUUGCACACCGUAAUAUAUCAAAUGGUUUUAAAUCCAGGCCUUAUAAAGUCUGAUAUUGAAGAUGGAGCUUUGUUUUUUAAUGAGCUCUUUUUCUAUUUACAGAAUUAGAUUAUUUUAUAAGCACUGGCACUUUUUGUGUACAGCAAUGUUAUUUAUUGUUGAAUAUUUCAUAUCAGUUUAUGUUAGACCAUGUAAUAUUGUAUUUUUCUUGAAAAUAUAAAGUGCCUUUUAAUCUUUACUCAAAUCAUCAUAAAUGUUUUAAAUACUCUUUCAUAUAUAAAUGUUGGCAGUCUUGAUGUAAUGAUUAUUUCUAACAGAUAAAUGUAUUUAUAAUUGAUUUUUUUUUAAAUGUGUUCAAGUAAUGUUCGUUUUUUGUAAACUUGUAAUGUGGAAGUUUGUUAUAUGUUUGGAAGAGUAUUGAAUGCCAUGUAGUGCCAUAGGAAUCACAUGCCAUUAAAAAUAAUAGAAUUUUUAUAGCAAAGUUUCUUCUAAUAAUAAUUCAUCUUUUCAUGUCAGUGGUUUAUCAAACUAGUCACUUAUACUGAAUUUUGUAAUUUUCCCAAGCUAGAUUUCUUUUUAAUUUACAAAUCUAUUACAAUUUAUAAAAUUUGAAAGGAUAUAUUAUAGCUUUUCAAUACAAGAGUUGAAAAUGAAUAUGAAAUAUUUAGUGUAACUGAAAAUUAAAUACUGGUAUUUUUGUAUUAAUGAUUAUUAUUUUUUAAAUAUGAUAUAAUCUUUAAAUUUUCACAUUCUGUGCAAUAGCAAGUAAACAUAAUUUUCAAAUAGACAUUUGAAAACGGUUAACAGGCAACUAAGGAAUUAAAUGCUUAGAACAAAUAUUUUUUGAGAGUAAUAACAUUUUUAAAAUUUCAUCUUAUUUGAUAAUUGAAUUCCUGCACUUUUUAACUUUUCAAUUAACAGGUAAAUUAUUAACACUUCUAAGCGUAAUUUGUGGGUAAAAAAAAAUGUCAAUUUUUAUAAGCAUUUUGAAAACUAAAUAGCACCACUGGUAUAUAAGUUUUGUAAAAACCGUUUGAAGUCUGCUUCCUACAAAGCCAAUGAAUUAGAGUUUUGAAGUUAGCCAAAGCUCCCCCUCCAACAAAUACUUUUUUUUUUUUUCAUGAUUGAUUCUUUGCAACAUGAAAAUAGUUAAGAGCAUCUUAACCUUUUUUUUAAUGAUCAGAUACCUUAUAUGAGGUUUGAAUUUUUUUUUUUUUUUUCCAUCUCUGAUUUUACCAUUACUGUGCUGCAUAAUGAUCAUUUUAAUUGUGAAUUAAUUCAAGAGUUCCAUCAUUAAAAACUCUGCAAAAUAGGGGGAGAAAUUCAGAAAUACAUACAGAAGAAAAUGAUGGAAUUGGAUUUACAAAAUUUCUAUUCAUUGGACAUCAUUGAUAAAUAUUUCUUAAGCUUUCAGAAGGAAAUUCUAAACAAAAUUUGAUUCUGAAAUAUCUAAGGAACAUUCAGCUUCCUAUAAUCUAAAUAAUAUGUGCUAUAAUUAAACAACCAGGGGAAAAAAAUAAUAAAUCCUAUAAUUUAAUUUCUUACAAAAAUAUAAACAGACUUUGCAGUUUGAAUCUGAAUUUAGAAAAAAGUAAUUUUGUGCCAUUAUUUAGUGGUUAGUAAAAGUCAAAGUAUUCAAGAAUAAAUAAUUUCCUAAGCUACACUGCACAUCUAAAAAAAGAAAGUGGGGGAGCGAAUAAAGUAUUCAGAAAAACCAUAUUGAUAAUGGUUGCUGUAGAUUAUAUUUUCAGUUGACUUUUUGUAGGAUUUAAACCUUUAAGGACAAGUGGAAAGCUAUUAUUUACAUCACUCGAACUAAGAUAUUAAAUUUGGUCUUAUAUAGAAAUGCUAAUUAAAUCUAUUCAGUUUAGUUAUUUUCAUUAACCAUGUUUAUUUUUAUAAAAUCAUAACUAGUUCAUAAUAAGGAUGCAUAUACAUUUUCAACUGCUUGUGGGAAAAUCACAUUGAAAUAAAAAAUUAUUCAUGAAAUUAAAGAAUAAUUUUUUAGUAAUGAUAUUUCAUUCAUGAAUAUACUGAUAAACAUGUCUUUAUGUGAACACAUUCUCCUUAUAAACAGUUUCUACUAUUAAAUUUUUAGAUUAUGAUAGAUUUUCAAUCAAAUCUAUAAGUAAAGUUGGUCUACUACAAAAGCUGAAAUUGAAUUUAAUAAAAAUUA